UUCUCAGCUCUUGGGUAUCACAUUUACUCCUCUCCAUGCUAGAUCAGGCCGUCUUGUUAGAAUAGAGAGAAAUUCACGGUGAGAGGGUUCCUUGCCCAAUUCUUGUAGGUAAUGGACUAUUAAUUACACAACAGAUUCAUAAAUGUUCUUAAAUUCCAGCCAAAACGGAGAUUUUGAGAUAGGUCUGCAAGUUUGGAUGCUUCCUCACUGUCUACACAAGUGUCAGCAUCUCAUCUUUGUUCAAUUCUGAUGAGAAGUCUCUGUUUAAUUCUGUUGAGAUUGUAAUAUUUGUUAAGUAAUCUCUGUUCAGUUCUGUUAAGAGAUUGCAAUAUAAUUCGUUUGCUAUUCACACAUUUGUCGACUCUGUUUUGUUUGUGGUUACGGCUUGUAUGGAAUUCCAGUGUAAAGUUUUCCCUUACUAGAUUGGGAUUGGCAAUGCAACAUUGUUAAGCAGCAACAUCUGGGCAAAAUUGAGAUUGAUAUUCAAGCAGUUUUGAAGAUCUAAAACUGCAUUUUACUGCUUGUACAAAUGAUUAUUGGAUAUACUUAGAAAUUGUAGUACCAAAAGUUUGCCAUUUUAAAAGUUAUAAUCGCACAAAUAUGGAGAAACUCAUUAUACUGAAUAGUGUGUGUUGUGAUUGAAGAUCUUAUUUGCCCAUAACAUUAGUACCCGCUUCUUCUUAUCUCUUAAUACAAGCGAUUAUAUGCAUCUUACAGAAUUGGUGGCAAGCAGCUCUAGAUCAUCAAUGCUUAUUUCAUUUGUGUGAUCCUCAUUGAAAACUAUGGAAUUUUAUUACCAUCCUCUGUCACUUGACAGCCAAAAAGCAUGCCUGGUGAUGGAAGAGAAAAAUAUUAAGUGUGUUUUGCAUCAUGUAAAUCCUUUGAAGGCAAGGAACUUGGAUGCAGAGUAUUUCAGGCGAAAUCCUACUGGGAGUAUUCCUGUUCUAGUUGCUGGGGAACAAAUUUUGUGUGAACCACUGGCAAUUAUUCAGUAUCUUGCCAAUAUUGAAAAACCCUUAGGCAGUAACAGAGUAGAUCACGAAAAGGUUUGGGAGUGGCUAGAGAAGAUUUAUUCAUGGGACUCGAAACUCUUUACUUUAAGCCACUGCCCGAAUGAGGCUCUUCAUUUUUUUAGCAAAUUCAAAAGGCAAGUUGCAAUUUCACGCAUUGCAAAAUAUCCUGAUCUUGCAGAGAAGUACCAUAAACAACUUCAAGAAAUGCACUUUAUGGAGGAAAGAUUGAAGGACCAGGAUGCUUUGACUUCAAAUAAGAAUGAGCUUGUUAGCUUGCUGACUAUUUCUGAGAAUCAAUUGAAUCAUACUGAAUUUUUGGCUGGGUCUGAGUUUUCUGUGGCUGAUUGUGCAUUUAUUCCUAUACUUGCCAGAAUUGAGGUAUUGAAGUUGGACAAGGGAUACUUUCAUAAACGUCCUAGGCUUUUGUAUUACUUGGAGCAAAUGAAACAACGACCAAGUUAUCAAGCUGUUAUAGGUCCAUAUUCAACCACGUAUGGAAACAUGAAAGUUUUAUUGCCCUCGAUCUGUAACAUGAGCAUUAGGAGGAUGUUACAUAAAUAUUAGCAUCUCUCUUUGCAUUUUGUAUCAGCAGGCACUCGCGGAUAACACAGUGUGUCUGUUAGAAGGAGCUCCGAUCUUUGAAAAGCUCUACUUUCAAAGCUUUAAAGAUGCCUAAAUGAGAAUUUGUGCUCAUUAAAUAGAAAACUGCCCAACUCUCCUGGAAAUAGAUCCCUUGAUAAUUAAAAGGAUUAUGGCAGCUUUGGGAAACCUCUAUCCAUGGGCUGGAUUUUGCUGUCUUCACGGGUGUCAACAUCCUAAGGAUUUCUGUUGAGCGUUUGUUCUUUUUAAAUGUAAUUUACUGGUUGCAGUAUAUGCCAAGGAUUCCUUGGACUGUUUGUUCAUUCUACAUGCAAUAUAUUGGUUGCAGAAUUUGCAGAAUAGCAGCUAGCAAAUACAAACGAGCAAAUGAUUUCUGCAAGCUAUAGAAGCUUUCAUGUGUUGCCCUUUCUCUUUCUUGUUACACCUGAAGGCCUGUUGUCCUGUGUGUUAUACUAGAACAUUCUUCAUGUUUUUCUUUCUAAGAAGCCAUAUAAAAAACCAUUCAUCCAAUUGCCAUAGAGGAUUCUCUUGCAGCUUUCUUAU